UGGCUUUUUGAACUGUUUACAAAGACUUGAGUCAAAAUAAAUCACGAUUUCUCAUAUAUGUGCAGCUAUAAAAUACAAAGGCACAUCACGAAACUGACAAUCAGGCAAUGCGAUUCAAAAUUCUGUUAAAAUAUAAUUUUAUGCGCAAACUCGUCUCGCUUUCAAUUGUACCUGCUUGACGAGCGUUGCCUCCGUUCUCCUUUUAACGAGCUCAGGCCUCAAGUUAGCUGUUUUGUUUUGUCUUUGUCUAAUUACCUGUAUCCCAGACGUAAACAAAAUUCAGCCUCUAAUCAGGCGUGUAUUUAUAUUAGAAAUUCAACACUAUCCCAAUCUCCAAUCUUUGAUUAUUUAGCUGAAACAUCAUGAUGCCUCCAACGCGGCUCCAUGUGACUGAGUGGUGUCUGGAAGCAUUAGCAUGGAAAUGUUGAAGAUAGAGCAAGUCAUCGUUGGGAGCGAGAGGAGUUCAACCUCAGCGGAGAUCAAGUCUGAGCCCGUAGUCGCCCCUGUGCCGUCCUAUCAGCAUGAGAGUCUGCAGUGUUUUCAGUGCUUCAUCACUUUCUGCAACUCCAAAGCCAAGGAGAGACACAUGAGGAAGAGUCACCGGGACCAGUACAAACUGCAGCUGCAGCAGACUAAUACAGUCUUCACUUGCUAUAAGUGCGACCAGAGCUUCCCCUACUCUGAGGAGCUCACCAGGCACCAGGCCACUCACAGCAGAGAGGAGAAGCCCUUCCUUUGUGGUUACUGCCGGAAAAAAUUCUUCACUUUCACUGAGCUGAACAAACACAGACGACAUGAGUGCAUAGAACGACGGUGUCCCUGCAGGGACUGUGGCUCCUUGUUCCCCAGCCCUUCGCGCCUUCGCAACCAUCGUCUUGCAGUGCACCCCCAGAGCCCCACAGCCGCUAAUGACAUAAACACUUACCAGUGCUGCAAAUGUAGUAGUAGUUUCCUGACAGAAGAAGAGCUCCUGGAGCACCAGGAGAGAUUUGCCAAUGAUGUUAACUGUGACGUUAAGCCACCGGGCAAAAAACGUGGUCGCAAACCCAAGAACGCAACUCAAGAAGUUGAGAGCAAGAAGAUCAAACAAGAAGAGGAAGCGGAAUACAAUGACUCUGCGACGGAGGAUUGUCCCUCCAAUGAGCUGCCACCAGAGCUUAAGAUUCCUUGUUCUGAAGCAAACUGUGACCUCAUAUUCCCUUCUGUCACAGCCCUGAGGGCACACAAGAGGGAGGCACAUGGGUCUAAUCCCCGCAGUGCUCACACAUGCACAGAGUGUGACGAAAGCUACACACGGCCUGAGCAGCUCAAAGCACACAUGGCCAGCCAUCACAACUCUGGAUACACCUGCCCCACCUGUGGAAAGAGCUUUGCACGAGAGAGCAUCCUAAAGACCCACCAGAACACCCACACUGUAGGAGAGGAGGAGGCGGGAACAAGAUAAUAUAUGGCAAAACAACUGACUUCAUCCUACAUCCUUCAGUUAAAUGAUUGUCAGAGUGUUUCAUACCACAUUCUGUUUAGUGUAGGUAGAAGGUUUUCAUGUGAAUAUUUCAGUGUGAGAGUUUUCGAAGCAAGGUUAUGUAACACACGAUUUAUGGAGAUUGUUUCUGGAAUGCUGUUUUUCAGUUGCCUUUAGAAAGACAUCCUACUCUUGUGAAUAAAACUCUCUACCAAUCUGUACAUAAUUAUGAUUUAUGCCCACUAUAAGCUCAAGUCACAAGGCCCUUUUCUGCUGUCUAUAUUACCUCAAUUGUACCUGGAAUGUUUUUUAUUCAUGCAGACUUACUAGCUUAUUCUCCUUCACGUGUAUCGAACUGUACUGUUUUCAAGACAUACACAUAAGAGUGACAAUUACAUGGAGAAUGUAAGUCCUUCACAUGAUGAAAUCCAAAAUCUGAUAAAUGGGCCAGUAUAUAGGAUUCUGUACUAAGGGACUUCAAUAAUGUAAUCUGCAGGUCUUAUUUUCUCUUUCAAAAAAGUAAAUCAUGUUGCAUUCAGCA